CUUCGUCCAGCAUAUAUACUGGUGUCUGGUGGUGGUGGCCACAGAGACCCUUCGUUUUCCGCAGGGCCGUGACAGGCACGCCUUGACAUUAAGCUAGCUAGCUGCUGCUUGCUGCUAGAGUGCUAGCUAUACCUCCGGCCUCCCUCUCUCCACCAAACCCCCAAGAUCAAGAGACACUUACUUGUGUAGAGGCUAUAUAUACUUAUACAACAAGGCUCGUCGAUCGGUACGACGGUGGUCAGAGGAUCGAGGAUCAUCCAUAUAUGGGGCUGCGGGCUUGUGCCUCCAUGGAAGGCGAUGAGGCCGCCGUCGGCUCCCCUAAUUUCUUCCAGUGGCUCAAGCCGCGAUGCUCCUUAUCGUCGCCGUCGUCGCGGUCCUCGUCUGGCUCGUCGUCGUCGUCGUCGUCGACCUCGACGAUGGCGUCCAGGCAUCAACUACUAGCCCUCGGCGAGGAGGGACAAGCAGCCGGCCGUGGAGUCGUUGUUGCGCAGCAGGAAGCGAGCAGCGUGACGUGCCUGCCGCUGCUCAGCAGGCUCGGUGGCGAGCGGAAGGGGGACGAUGGUCAUCACGAGCAGUGCGCCGUCAAAGAAGAGACCACGAGCGGCGGCGGCGCGACCGGCGGUUUGUUGGCUCCGUCCGGCGUGGAUCUGAAUAUCGCGUUGCCGGUCGGUGGGUCCUGCAGCAUUGAUGAUGAGGACGCCGUCAUGGAAGAAGAGAAGGGUGGCGGCGAAGACGAAGUGGACCAGGAGGCGGCGGGUGGUGGUGAGGACGAGAGCGAGUGGAAGCGUACGCAUGGCGGCGAGGCGGAGGAAGGGAUGAUGAUGAUGACGAUGGAUCGGCAGGAGCGUGACGACGACGUGGCGCCGUCGGUGGAAGGAUCGGACACCUUCGUCGGCGUGGUGGUGGGUGAGGGCGGGCGCGGCCUGCCGCCGCCGCUCGCCGGGUGCCGGUACUGGAUCCCGACGCCGGCGCAGAUCCUCGUCGGCCCGGUGCAGUUUAUCUGCCAUGUCUGUAACAAGACCUUCAACCGAUACAACAACAUGCAGAUGCACAUGUGGGGCCACGGGCGCGAGUACCGCAAGGGCCCGGAGUCGCUCAAGGGGACGCAGACGCUGGCGCUGCUGAAGCUGCCGUGCUACUGCUGCGCGGCGGGGUGCAAGAACAACGUGGCGCACCCGCGCGCGCGGCCGCUCAAGGACUUCCGCACCCUGCAGACGCACUACAAGCGCAAGCACGGCGCCAAGCCCUUCCGCUGCCGCCGCUGCGCCAAGCCCUUCGCCGUCAAGGGCGACUGGCGCACGCACGAGAAGAACUGCGGCAAGCGCUGGUUCUGCGCCUGCGGCUCCGACUUCAAGCACAAGCGUUCCCUCAACGAUCACGUCCGCUCCUUCGGCUCCAACCACUGCCCCGUCGACGACGAGGCCGCCGCCGCCGCCGCGCCACCAAAGGACCGCACCGUACGUUUCCACAAUCGGUGAGAUCGUCUCUGUCGGCUGCUGCUAUAGUACGUACGUAGUUGCGAGUGAACCAUGCAUGCAACCAGCCGAUGCGAUCGAGGAAGAUCAAGAGGUAACUAAUUAAGCACAAGUACGCAGCGUAUUUCUUUGGGAAUCAAUUCAAAACAAAAGUAUGAAGAACAUAGCUCAAUAAGAUGGAUGGCUCUCGUGCCAAAUUAAGCUGUGAAGUAGCUGAAUUUUCUUCUGCCGGUAUCAUGGGCUGCAGGCUGCGCAACCCGGCCUCUGCCGCCCAUGCAUGUAGCCAGCUUGUAACCGGAGAAAAUUUCUCAGCUUCACAGGCUAAUUUAAUUUAAUUAGUGUGCAUGCAAUCCAAUAUGCAAAUGUACGAGACGAGGAUACUGGAUACUGAGGCAUUAUUGUUAAUUAUUAACUGGCGUAUAUUGUUCCACUCUCUCUGAUUACUUUUAUUGACAAUAAUGCAAUGCUUCU